UAUUAAUAUGAAGCACGGACAAGCUUUAAGGCUGAACUCGACCAAUCCACUCGCUUAAAUACAUACUGUCUGCAUUCCCUUCGUUAUCUGUGUAGCAAUUUACAUUUCGAGCUACAUUUCUUCCCUAAUAAUGUCCGAAGCUGAGUGCCAGUCUCGCCGUUUGCCCACGUUGGUUACCUAUUGUCAGCGUGUCCUCUCUACAUACACAGAUUCUAUAAGCAGUUUGGGAGAUGAUGCUAUACGGUAUGAUGUGAUUAAGCCGGUGCUGGAAUGUUGCUCUGCAGAUACCCUUCUUCGUCUGGAACAAUCAUCACCCUAUCUUGAGAAUGAUACCUCUGAAAUAUGGCAACGAUUAUGUUGGAAAACGUUUCCUCUCUUAGCCGAACAGUAUUUUCAAGAAGGCUCUGAGGCUCCCGAAUCCUGGCGCGAGCAAUUUUUCUUAUUACGAGAGGCAGAGGCCGAACGGCUUGAACUAGCAGGUUCUCGGCUCCGCAGUCAACGCAUGGAAGCGGAAGAACGAAAGAAGGAACGUGAGGUCAAGAUUACCGAUCGCCUACCUCCCCCGAAACGUGCUCGAGGGUGGGGAGCGCCGAGUCAGCCCAAGACACUCUUCCAGAAGACCAAGAAUGAGGCCACUAAAUUCCGUACCUCCGUGUACUCUGCUCGUGUCCUUCCUCCUACGCGACAGCGCACACUGCAUAGUUCGCCCAGUAUAAAGCCCGCAGUACCCAGACCUUCCGAGCCAACCAAGAGCAUGGUCACUGUCAAGACAGUCACCUACAAACGACCUUCUAUCCCGCCCGCACCGCUUCAGUCAUCUGGCCGACCUACCACGCCGUCGGUCUUAACCCCUGCUACUCCUCCAAAAUUGGCUGCUUCUCCUCCUUCUGCUCGCUCAUCGAAACCUUCACCGAUAGUACAGCCAUCAUCCACAGGGGAACAGCGGCCGAUUAAGCCUUCAAUAAACAAGAAGGAUCCUAUGGCUUCUCUAUUCAUGCCGAAGCACCGCACCCUUUCCCAGCUUCCAGGACAGACCGGUAAUGCACGUAUCGUGCCGACCCGAUAACCUUCAAAUUGAACUAUUCGUUCCACUACACACGUUCUACUCGUAGAUUUCAUUUCACACUUGCAUUUUAUUUCUUAGGGUCAUCAUCUAUUAUACAUCGAUUGUACGACUGUCUCAGUAGUGUAUGCCUAGUGCAAUUGCUUUCCUCUCUAUUCCUAUUGACCAUAAUACUGUUGA